CAGGUCAGUGUGUGAGUUUGCGCGUGCGAUAGCUGGGUGCUGCUGCGUGGAAGAUGGCUGCGUCGAAGCCCGUAGAGCCUGAGUGCGGGACUGGGCUCCCCCGUUGGCAGCUUGCACUCCUGGUAGGGACUCCGCUCGUCCUCGGUGCCGGAGCUGUAUACCUGUGGAACCGAAAUCGCGGCAAAGAAAACCAAGGGAAAAAGAAUGGGGAGAGGAAAACUCCCGAAGGAAGCGCUAGCCCUGUUCAGGGCCAGCACGGUGCCACCAAUCCAGAGCUGGAGAACAUGAGUCCCCUUGACAAAGCACAGUCUGCUAAGAAUAAGGGCAACAAAUACUUCAAGGCCGGCAAAUAUGAUCAAGCGAUCCAGUGCUACACAGACGCAAUCGGCCUGUGUCCCAAAGAACAGAAAGGAGACCUGUCCACCUUCUACCAGAAUAGAGCUGCAGCCUACGAGCAACAGCUGAAAUGGACAGAAGUGAUACAGGAUUGCUCUCAGGCAGUCGAACUGAAUCCUUGCUAUAUAAAAGCUCUUUUCAGGCGUGCCAAAGCACUGGAAAAACUGGGUAACAAGAAAGAGUGCCUAGAAGAUGUGACCGCAGUAUGUAUUCUGGAGGUUUUCCAGAACCAGCAGAGCAUGCUGCUGGCAGACAAGGUUCUGAAACAGCUGGGAAAAGAGAAGGCCAAAGAAAAAUACAAGAACCGGGAGCCCCUUAUGCCAUCUCCUCAGUUCAUCAAGUCCUACUUCAGCUCCUUUACUGAUGACAUCAUUUCACAGCCUCUACAGAAGGGGGAAAAGAAAGAUGAGGAUAAAGACAAAGAGGGUGAGGCCUCUGAGGUUACAGGAAGCUCAGGCUACCUAAAGGCUAAGCAGUAUAUGGAGGAGGAGAACUACGAUAAGAUCAUCAGUGAGUGCACAAAGGAGAUCGAGUCUGGAGGCAGGUACACAGCCGAAGCUCUUCUGCUGAGAGCCACCUUCUACCUACUGAUUGGCAACGCUACAGCUGCUCAGCCUGAUCUUGACCGUGUCAUCAACAUGGAUGAGGCCAGUGUCAAGUUACGUGCUAAUGCGCUCAUUAAACGUGGAAGCAUGUACAUGCAGCAGCAGCAGCCCCAGCUCUCCACGCAAGACUUUAACAUGGCUGCAGAGAUUGACCCCCGUAAUGCCGACGUCUACCACCACAGGGGACAGUUGAAGAUUCUGCUGGAUCAGGUAGAGGAGGCUGUGGGAGAUUUUGAUGAGUGUAUAAAGCUUCGACCAGACUCUGCACUUGCCCAGGCCCAGAAGUGUUUCGCAUUGUACCGACAGGCCUACACUGGAAACAACCCAUCCCAGGUUCAGAAAGCCAUGGAUGGUUUUGAGGAUGUCAUUAGGAGGUUUAAAAAGUGUGCUGAGGGCUAUGCUCUGUAUGCACAGGCACUAACAGACCAGCAACAGUUUGGUAAAGCAGAUGAAAUGUAUGACAAAUGUAUCGAACUAGAGCCUGAUAACGCCACAACAUAUGUCCACAAAGGUUUGUUGCAGCUUCAGUGGAAACAGGAUCUGGAAAUGGGCCUUGAACUCAUAAGCAAAGCCAUUGAAAUUGACAAUAAAUGUGACUUUGCUUAUGAAACUAUGGGAACCAUUGAAGUCCAAAGAGGCAAUCUGGACAAGGCUAUAGACAUGUUCAACAAGGCCAUCAACUUGGCCAAGUCAGAGAUGGAGAUGGCCCAUCUCUACUCCCUUUGUGAUGCUGCUUAUGCCCAGACGGAGGUGGCCAAGAAGUAUGGCCUCAAGCCUCCCACGCUAUAACUCUUGCCUCUUUUCACCACUCUCUACUGCCAGGCCACAGUACACAUCCCAUAACCCUUUUUUUUUUUUUUUUAUCAUUAUAAAGAUGAUCAUUAUCAAUGAAAAGGAAGGCCGAACAGGUUCUGCUACCAUGUUUAUAACCAUUUUUUUUAUUUGAGUACUGGAAGGUGGCACCGAAAAUGGUGGAGGAGCAGCAAGAGGAAACAAGAUAAAACCGAAAGCAAGCAAGUGAAAAUGACUGAUGGCUGCUUUGUUUGAUAUCAAAUCAUCCUCCCUCUCUGAGUAUGGCUUAGGCUAUCUUGCAACUUGCAACAGUACUCAUUUGUUCAUGUUCAGCCUUCCCUGCCAAUUGGUAUGACAAAUGUGAAUCUUUUUGAUUAUAUAAUCUUAAUUUAAUGGUCAGCUAUGGACAAUGGGCUCUUUAAUCAGUACUAUUUUUUUUUCGUUCCAUCCAAGAUGCCAGAUUCAGUCAGUUUAUUCUAUUAUACCAGUGUAUACCAUCAGCAGGACUGGAUUAUGGAUUUGUGGUUUAAUGCUGUAAUGUGCACAAGUUUUGUCCUUUUACGGUCACAUCCUAGCAACCUUUCUUUGUUGUAUGGGAAGUGAAGGAUUAAAGUUUUAGUUGAUGUAUUUGUGUUAUAAAUCUGUUUUUGAUGUGUCACUGCUGUGAUGGCACUGUUCAUGAAAAGGGGAUUUAUAUUGAGGUUAAAUACGUAAUUUGGCCAUACAGUUAUUCUUUUUUUAUGGGUUUAUUUUUACCUCUUUUUUUUUUUACGUUCUGUGCAGCAUUUAAUAAUACAUGUGAAUACAAAUGAUAAAGUAAUAUCCUAUAGAAGAGAUUCAGAAAUGGAUAUAUAAAAAAAGAAAAUCUAAAUCAAGACAAAUUGCAGAUUCUUUAAUGCCCAUCUCUUCAAACUGAGGCUAUACAGUUUCAAAUAUAUAUAUAUAAAAAUUAUAAUGUCAUUUUUGUGCAAAAAAAUUAACCUAGAAAAAAAUAUGAAUCACCAAAAUUACAUUCCUCUCGUUUUAUCUUUCACACUACACGGAUCUGAUUUUAUUUUGUUUGGUUUCUCUGUGAAAUAAUGUCAUUGAGGUGUAUUUUUGAAGAAUGGCUCCCUUCUUUAUGAAUCUAAAAGCAAGAAAAUAAAAAAACACCUUACAUUUAGCAACUAA